GUCUACUUUUGUAUUUAAAGUUUGGCUUUUUUUUCUCCCCCAAUUGUUUCACAUUUCACACAAAAACUUUCACAAAAAUGCUGCCUCCACGAAAGAACGUCAAGGACGUCAACUCGAGCCUCGCGGAUGUGCGCCGCAAGCGACAGGACGCGGCCGACGAUAUUCGCAAGAAGAGCAAGGACGACCAGAUGCUCAAGCGCCGUUUCAUGGACGAGUCCGACGACGAGAGUGAGACCGCACCCAACACCACUGGCAAGCAGCGCGUUCAGGCCGACGUGGGCAUGCUCGAGCAGUACGCCAUGGAGGUCAUGAACAGCCAGGAUUACGCCACCGUGUUCAACGCUGCCCACUGCCUGCGCAAGAUCGUCUCCAAGGAGCGCAACCCGCCCAUUGAUCGCCUCAUCGACACUGGCGUUGUUCCGUUCCUGCUGUUGCACCUCAAGCAAUUCGACAACCCCGACCUUCAGUUUGAGUCGAGCUGGACUCUGACCAACAUUGCGUCCGGCACUGCCCAGCACACAGAGUUGGUCGUCCGUCUCGGCGGCAUUGCUGUCUUUAGCCAGCUUCUGUCGUCCCACGACGAACGUGUCGUCGAGCAGGGCAUGUGGGCCUUGGGCAACAUUGCCGGCGAGAAUGCCAACUACCGUGACCUCGUUCUCCGCCACGGCGUUCUCGCUGGCGUUCUGAACAAGCUCAGCGGCACCAGCAACCAGAGCCUGCUGGCCAAUGGCACCUGGGUUAUUAGCAACCUGUGCCGCGGCAAGAACCCCGCCCCCGACUUUGCCAUCAUCCGUGACGCCAUCCCCGCGUUGGCCGCCGUUCUGAACUUCACCGACAGCGUUGGUGCCCUGACGGACGCUUGCUGGGCCUUCUCCUACAUUGCCGACAGCGACGAAGAGCAGAUUGCUGCUGUUAUCGAGUCUGGUGCCGUCCAGCGCCUCGUUGAGCUCCUCCAGCACCCCGACACCAACAUUCAGACCCCUGCGAUGCGCGCUCUUGGCAACAUUGUCACUGGCACCACUGCCCAGACUCAAACUGUUCUCGACUGUGGCUUCCUCUCCGUCGUUGGCACUCUUCUCCGCUCGGUCAAGGAGAACAUCCGAAAGGAGGCUUGCUGGUGCCUGUCCAACAUUCUUGCUGGCACCGCCAGCCAAGUCGCACAGGUCAUCGACGCCAACCUGCUCCCGCUUGUCCUCAACGCCGUCUCUUUGGGCGAAGCCCGCACUCGCAAGGAGGCCUCCUGGUGCAUCAUCAACCUCCUGACUGGCGGCAGCGACCAGCAAGUCCGCUUUGCCAUUGGCCAAGGCUGCAUUCCCCCGCUCUGCGAGGUGCUCAGCCACUCUGACGCCAAGCUCGUCACCUCUGCCCUCGAGGCUCACCUCCGUAUUCUCAAGCUCGGCCAGUUCGCCAAUGGCUCCAACCCCCACGCCGAGUUUAUCGAGACCGCUGGUGGCAUGGACAAGAUUGAAAAGCUCCAGCACCACCGCAACGACACCAUUUACAAGCUGGCCAACCAGAUCGUCACCGAGUACUUUAGCGAUGACAGCACUCCCGAGGACGCUGAGGAUCAGAACAUGAUGCCCACUGCCACUCAAACCGGCUUCACCUUCUCGACUGAGCCCGCCAAGAGCUUUGCUUUCCAGGCCCCUGGACAGGCUUCUCACGCCCAGCGCAUGUUUGCCUUCUAAAAGUGCAAAGCGAAAGCGCUUAAUUUUUCGGGCAGGUUUGCCUGUUAGUCGAGGACGAGUAACGAGGAGUUUAUGCUUUGGGACGUGAUGUUACGUGUCUGCUUCUUGCGCGCGAGUGAAAAAGCACCAGCUGGAGCUGUGUGUGUGUGUGUUUUUUCUGAGAGGGAAAAAGGGGCGACGGUAACGUCGAAUUGUAUGUUUGUUGCCGACUGUACAGGUUGAUUGGGGCUUGGAUUUUUGUGUUGUAUUAUUGUACUCGUAGUGUGGUUAUACUGUGCCAACAAUUACUUUUAUACCUUCUUUCCGACAACAAGCAAUUCAACCGUUGUCCAUCAGAGAACCAAAGUUCGCUGCUAGUAGGCC